GCCCUGCGCGGCCGGGCCGGGCCGGGCCGGGCCGCGCCGCCAUGGCGGUGCACUACUGCGGGCUCUGCCGCCGCACCUCCUUCUCCGGCCGCCGGCACCUGUACAGCGCCGCGCACCGGCGGCGGCUGCGGGAGGCGCUGGCCCGGCUGCAGGAGGAGGUGGCGGCGGCACGGGCGGCGGCGGCCGCGACGGCGGCGGAGGACGAGGACGAGGAGGGCGAUGGCGGCGGGGCCGUGCGGCCCUACGACCCGGCGGAGCACGAUCGGCGCGUCUGGUGCCUGUGCUGCGGGCGCGGCGUGCGGCGGGACGGGCGGCGGGGCGGGCUGGCGCUGCCGCAGGCCGGCCUGCUCCAGCACCUGGCCGGGGCCGAGCACCGCCGGGAGACGACGCGGUUCUGGCGAGAGAACAGGGCGGAGGCGGCGCUGCGGGAGCGGUUCCUGGUGCCGGCCGAGGAGUACGAGCGCUUCGCCCGGGCGCUGGAACGGGCGCUGGCCGCGCACCAGCGGCGGGAGGAGGAGCGCAUCCGCCAGAUGGCGGCCGGCAUCCGCGAAGCUGAGCGCAGACAGCGGGAGACGGUGCAGGCUGCCCUCCAGCUUCAAACAGAGCCAGAGCUUUGUGUGGGACCUUCGGUCUGCAGCCCCCCAGCAGGACCCGAAAGGGACUUCUCUCACGGUGCAGAGCAGCCUGGCCCGAGUGGGAUGCAAAUGGGACCUGACUUAAACUGGAUGGAAUCAGGCCAGGCUUUGACCUUCAUCGGCCACCAGGAAACAGAAGGGAAAGGAAAUGUUCACACAGGAGCAAAACCCCCAUGGCUAACAGAGGAAGAGGAAGAGGGUGGAAGUAAACAACAAAUUGGACCUUCGUACGAGGAAUUUCUCAAACAAAAGGAGAAGCAGAAGCUGAGAAAGCUCCCAGUGGAGCGCGUUGGUGCCAAUUUUGACCAUACCUCUCAGACGGGCGACAGCUGGCUCCCUUCCUUCGGGCGAGUUUGGAAUCACGGCAGGAGGUGGCAGUCCAGGCAUCAGUUUAGAACUGAAUCGGGGGAAAAGAAGAGGAAAAGAUGAUCAGAAGAGGAGCACCGAGGAAACCAAACUCCAACCAUUGCAGAAAGGUGGACUGUAGGUAGCUGCAGCUUUGUCAGUGCUGCUGCUGCUGCUGCCAAGUUUACCGCUCUUAUUUAAUACAUAUGUCUAGAUGUGUUUGGUUCCCUGGGAGGCAGGGUGACCACAGCAUAGUACCAAGUUGAGCACCGUUACUGAAAGCUGCUCUGCCAGGGGCUGUUGCAGCAGGUCCGGGCCCCCUGUGAUGGACACGCAGUGUAAAUCCAGGCAUCGAUUUCUGAAGUCUUAAGCUACACAAAGGCAGAUCUUGCCGUAUCUUCAUAAUCAGAAGGCCUAGCUUACACAGCAUGUGCUGCCAGUGACCUACGCUGACAUGUAGCAUGAGAUCCCAUUGAAGAAAUACAUUUUUGAGAAAUGUUUUUUUUUUUUUUUUUGUUUUAAAUAUUACACCAACUGAAACUUGUUUCAGGUGCAGGGCCUGCUCUGGGGGCAACAUAUGCCACAUGCUUGAUGUUUUCAUUCUAUUUUAUAUUACUUUCAGUCCUUCUGCCUCAUCUAAAGGAUGACUAAUUAGUCCUCAGUAGAAGAAAGGAGGCCUUAAAGACCUUUGCUGUGAGCAGUUCUUACUUUUAAUUUAAAUAAAAUACUUACAGCCUUA